CGCGGCAGUUGGCCAGUCGGUGGUGUGCGGUCGCCGGUGAAUGGGGACCCCCGAUCCUCGCCAAAGCGUCGAUCGAUCUCCAAGUGCAGCGUGGGGGUUGUUGGGUGUUUCACCGCACAACGGUGGUCCGGAGGUCAGGUUGGGGAAACGGCGCCGCGGUACCGUUUCGCAUGCGACUGACAGCGUCGUUGGGCCGGGCGUGACACCCAUCUCGCCUUUCGCCGGUUUGUUGGGGGCAUCUCCGCCGGGUGUGGCCGGGUUCCGUGACGCGGCCACGUUUGGAGGUGUGUAUGGUGCUCCGUUGCUGCCAUCCCCUUUGCUGCCUAGACGACUGGACUAUGCGGCCACGAUUCCUUUAGCACCUGUAUGGUCACAUGCGGUGGCCCCGCCAUGUCCUGCUGGAGGCGGUUCUCUCGCAGGAGAUCGCAGCGACGCUUUGCGUUCUCCACCUGUUUCAUGUCGACGAGUCGUCGACGAGGCGGCGGGUUCGUUUGCGGUGCCGCCUCAGGCUCCCUUUGUCGCUCCAGAUUCCACACCUUCGUUUGACGAUGCGGAUAACUUAGUGGCAGUCGGCGGCACGCCGUGUUCGGGCGGCAACAGCAUCGUGCGAAUCUGUGUGCGGGACGCGUGUCGGAGACGGUUGUACGUUCUCCGCGACGCCAUGGCCGAUCUGGGUGACCAGCGCGGACCGGUCAGCGACGUUGUUGAUCGGCUGUUGCACUGGUCCUUGCCAGCCAUCCGAGCGGAGUUUGGAGACGAGGUAGGAGAUGUGAUUUCUUCUUCGUUGCCAUCUCGGGUGUGCGGUCGAGAUUUCACGUUGCGUUAUAUGCCAGGCGAUUCCGAUGUUGACUACGGUCAGGGGGGUUCGCGGGGUUCAGCGAGCGGAGGCUUGGGGAUGUGUUCGGUGCACAAACCCACAUUCCACAAGUUUAUGCGCACUGAACCGGGGGGGGCGGAGGGGUGGAAUGCCAAGGUCGUACGACAGGGCAUAAAAUAUUGCGAGCUUGCCAUUGACACUGUGAUGCGCCGUGGUGAGCCAGUGAUAUUGAUGGUUGAUGGUCGAUAUGACUCUGCCAGAGGCGCGCAUCAUUGCACUGUCACCGCGAUGGAGUACGAGACUCGACUUGUCGUAGGUGUUCACACUCUCCGUCCGAAGAUUGAAGGCAAGGCAUCGAAUGCGCUUGAGGUGCCAGUCGUCGUGCAACUUUUGCGAGGGCUGAUGGACAAGGGGUUGACGAUCCGGUGCGUUGUCUCGGAUGAUUGUGCGGCGCAGAGACCGAAGGACGAGGGCGGAGACGCCGACAGUCUACACCGCGACAUCAUGUUGGUCGCCGAUCAUUGGGCUGGUGAUCAUUCAGGAUGUGUGGACAGUAGGGAGGUUCUCUAUGAGAAGGCCGGUGGGCGUGCACGAUUGCCUUUGUGUAGCUGCACGGACAUGGUCUACGAGAUCGUUCUGCGUGUUCUCGAUAAACAAUGCAGCACUAACAUCACGCCGUACUACGUCGAGUUUCGGCACACAUUGGCGGUGGAGACUUUUCAGGGCACCAUCAUUAUCUAUGCGAAGAAGUCGGUGCAUUUCGAGAAGUCUUUCUGUACACGUUUAUCGAUCGCAGUGAUUCGUUGGAAUAGUCACUGUUGGCGCGACCCGGUCGGGUAUGUUGCUUGCAUUGUUGCGGGCACUUCCAUACGUGCGAGACCAGGCUUCCGUCGACACUACGGUCACGAGGCGAUCGACUGUUGGGAGGACAGAUUGGCGGCGUCAAUGUUCGGUUCGGCUUAUGUUUCAGAAUGGGCUCGAGAGCUUCUGCGGCAUGAGGUUUGUCCUUAUGGAGCCGGACCAUUGCCACGUGAUUUGUUCGUCAACGUUUGGGGCGACCCAGUGGAAGUCGUUGAUGAUGCUGCCUCAGAUUCCGACCAUGAGGUGGUGGGGGAAAACCAUGUUUUCAUCAUCGGUCACGUGGAGGACGAUGCGGUGCCUGCAUGCGAUGAUUGGGUCCAGACAUCGAGCUCCGAAUCUGAGGGUGACGAUAUAGAGUUGUUCAGCGUUUGACUGGUUGAAUGGCUUUAUCGUUGACCUGACAUCGGUGUGGUCAUCCGAAUUUCAUUGUGCAUGGCGUUGUUCACGCA